AUGGUGUACGAGCGUGUGUUCAGAAACCGCCUUCCGGACAUGAACCGGAACGUUGAAGGUUUGGGCAAUGCGUACGAUCUUCAGUGGGACGGGGCACCCACAUGUGCUGAUCCGCUUUCUGCGACUGUCCCGACAAUCGAUCACGCUAUAUAUCUCAUCAACGCUGUGAAGUUUCAUUGCGCCCAGCUGUUUCAUGUCUUUGAUGAAGACACGUUCAUGCCGGCUCUGUAUGCCUUCUACGAGAACCCGUCGGAUCGGAACGCAACCGACAAGGUGUGGUUGGUACACUUCAUGGUAAUUCUAGCAUUUGGCAAGGGUUUCACAGUCAACAAGAAUGGAAAGGAUCCUCCUGGGGUUGAGUAUUUCAUACAGGCACUUCAGAUGUUGCCCAACAUGAUUAUGCUGUGGAGAUAUCCCGUGCAUUCCGUCGAGGUCCUGACAUGUAUCGCUUUAUACCUAUGUUGUCUAGACUAUCGAAUCGUGGCACACAACUUUAUGGGUCAAGCAAUGCGGCUUGCUUUAAACUAUGGCCUACACACAAACAUCAGAGCAGACCGUUUCGGCAUUGCGUCGGUGGAACGGAUACGCAGGGCCUGGUGGACAGUAUUCAUUCUGGAUCGUGAGAUGACAGCAGUGGCAGGACUGCCACAGUCCAUCGAGAUUCAGGAUGUUUACUGCCAAUUGCCGGCAUUCUCUGGUUCGGUCACAAGGAUCUCGGCACUCAAGAUGCAGCUCAAGUUGUCUCAGCUGAUUGCUGAUAUCAACCGCAAUGUGUAUGGGGUCGGCGGCCGGCUCAACAGCGGUUUCCAAAGCGGCAUCAAGGGCGCCCUGGCAGAUAUCGCCUGUGCGCACGAGGAACUACAGCAGUGGUUCCCACUGUGUCUGGAACAAAAGACUGAUGGGAUCUCCAAAACUUCUGCAUACCUGCACCUGGAGUACCACCGGUGUAUCAUCCUUGCCACCCGGCCAUUACUAUUCUGCUUCUUGAAGCUUCGCUUGGAAUCUCGAGAAGAUUGCCAGUCAAAGCUGAAUAGCUCCAGGACGUCUCGGAACUUUAUUCAGACGUGCCUUGACUCUUCGAUCCAGAUAUUGACAAUCUUGGAGUCACUGCUGGGCCAGUCUUUGAUCGAUCCAUUCUUGCCUUUCAGCCUGGACCAACUUUCUGCAGCGACGAUCAAUGUUCUUGUGGCAAUAGCACUGGACCACAGCCUGAUCGACAAUGCAUCCAGGUGGAUCAUGGCCUCUUAUUCCGUCUUUGAUGACUUGAUCACAAGCGGGAAUCAAGUCGCUGUUUUGCGCAAGGGCGAAUUGGACCAUCUGAGGAAGAUGCUAGAGGAGCUGAAUACAGUGUCACAGGGUGCAUGGCAGCCUGGUCACUCGUCGCCCCAGCAGUCUGGUUCUCGGCAGCAGUCGCCCCUGGAAGGUCCGCUGACGGACUCGACGAUAUUUGUCUCUCGGCCGCCAGACUUUGAUCCCUCAUGUUCAAAUCUCGAGAUUGACCCUGGGGAGCCAUUGACGACUACUGAUCUCAUGGAUCUAGCGAACUCGAUCGACGAUAUCGAUAUUGAGUGGAUAUCACAGACUAUAGGGCAUGAUCGAAUUUGGUAG